AGCACUGAGCUGCUGAUUAAACUAAGCUAGCUGCAAGACCAGAUGUUCGACACGAAGCCAACCCGGCAGCUCAAUCAGUGCACUGAGCAACCAAGCUUCGCUCGUUCACUCACUCACUCACUCUCACUCCACGGAGCAGCCAAGCAAGCAAAAGCCGAACCCGCCGGCUCGCCGUCGCCGAGAUCCUUCCUCGCGGAGCCGCGCCGCGCCGGGUUUCGGCCAGCUGAGCGAGUAAAUCCCGAGGCCGUCCUCUCCUCGCGCGCGCGAGGUAGCACCGGAGCAGAGGCGGCGGGCGCCAUGGGGUCGGUGUCCCUGAAAUUGCCGGCGUCCCGCCGCCGGCACGGCCGGGUUCUCACCUGCCUCUGCUCCCCGGCGCUGCUCAACCUCCUCAUGCUCAUCUCCCUCCUCUCCACCAACCUCCUCGCCUUCUUUGCUUUCUUCGCCGCCUCCCCCCGCCACGACCCCGCCGCCACCGCCACCGCAUCCCACUCCUCCAACCUCUCCGCGCACGUGGCCGCCAUCGCGCGCGAGAUCGGCGGCGGCGCCACCUCCACCGCCGCGAGCCUCCCCGACGGCCUGCCCCCGGAGCUGCUCCUCUUCCUCACCCCGCACGCGCUCCCGCUCGGCCGCGACGCGCGGUCCGGGCUCACCCACAUGCAGUCCUCCGUCGCCGCCGCCUGCCUCCGGUCCCCCUCCGCGCUCGCCCUCCUCUCGACCUUGAUGGCCUACGCGCCCCACUCCUCCUGCCCGCGCAACGCCACCCUCCCGCGCCGCCUCGUCUCCAAGGGGUGUGAGCCGCUCCCCCGCCGCCGCUGCCUCUCCCGCGGGCCCCGCGCCGCGCUCCCGGCCUCCUCCGCCAUGGGCCAAGAAAACCGCCGCUGGGUCGCGCCUGCGCGUCACGGCCACGAGUUCCUCGUCGACGACGUGCUGCGGCUGAGCGCGCCCUCCAAGAUCCGGAUUGGCUUCGACGUCGCCGGCGGCGCCGCCAACUUCGCCGCCCGGAUGCGGGAGCGCGGGGUGACCGUCGUCACCUCGGUGCUCGACGGCGCCGGGAAGCCGAUGAACGAGUUCGUGGCGGCGAGGGGCCUGUUCCCGCUGCUGCUCUCGCCGGCGCAACGGUUCCCCUUCUACGACGGGGUGUUCGACCUGGUGCACGUCGGCGCUACGGCGUUGGACGAAGCCGGCGCGCCCGCGAUGGGGCAGGCGGGGACACCGGAGGCGCUGGAGUUCUUCAUGUUCGACGUCGACCGGGUGCUGCGCGUCGGUGGGCUGCUCUGGAUUGACAGCUACCUGUGCCAGAGUGAGGAGAGGAGGCGGGUGGUUGUGAAGCUCAUAGAGAGGUUUGGUUACAAGAAGCUCAAGUGGGUUGCCGGAGAGAAGCCCGGCAGCUCAACAACAUCAAUCUACAUCUCCGCGGUGCUGCGGAAGCCGGCAAGGGGCUGAAAUUGUAUGGAAAGAUGGUUUCAUCCAGGCUCCCUGAUCGGAGGUAGGAAUGAAGAUGACAGUUUUUGAUGUGCUGUUUAGGUGCCAUGUUUUAUUUUUAAUUAUGGAGGAAACCGGUGCUACGGAUUGGCUUGAUUCCAAUUGUUGUUGAGAAACAGUAACUGAAAAAUACUGCAAAAUUGUACAACGCUUCUACAUCUGUUCUGUUGCAACAAGCUGCCCAUCUGUCUUUUGAUUUGAAACAUAGGAUGUGGGAUUUGUUGCUCUGCUGGGGAAUUGCAGAGAGGUUGUCAAUUGUGUGUUCUUUCGUUUCAGGAAGAACAUGUAAUUAAAUGAUACUCGUUGAGGUACCUACUAUUCAUCAAAUGGUCCCUCUGAGUCUUAACAUU